AUGCAUUCUCGACUGGUCAUCUCAAGCCUUAUACUAUUUCUAACAGAUGCUGCAGUUUCUAAUCUACAUGUGAGCGGAGUGGUGGGUCAGCCUGCCACACUACCUUGCACCUAUGCAGUGUCUGGUGGAGAAGUCACAUCCAUGUGCUGGGGCCGAGGAGUGUGUCCUGUAUUUAAGUGCUCAGAUGAAAUUGUAUGGACUGAUGGGUCCCGUAUCACCUUUCAGAAGCACAAUCGUUAUAAGCUAAGAGGGCAUAUUUUGAAAGGGGAUGUCUCUUUAACUAUAGAGAAUGCCACUGAGGCUGACGGUGGCUUGUAUUGUUGCCGUGUUGAGCACAGGGGGUGGUUCAAUGACAUGAAAGUUGUCCUAUCAUUGGAGAUGAAACCAGCCACAGAAACGGGUGCUCCAACGUCACCAAACAUCUCUACCUCUGCUUCCCCAGCGCCAUCACCUAUGCAGACCCACACACCAGCAGCAACAUCGCCUUCUCCAGCUCAGCCAUCAGAAACCCAGCCCACAACACUGCAAGAAAGAAGGGCGCAACCCACCAGUUCACCGUUUUACUCUUAUGCAACAGAUGGGAAUGGCACUGUGACACAGUCUGCGGAUGGCCUUUGGCAUAACAAUCAAACUCAACUGUCCCCAACACAAAAGCCACGGACCACCACCACCACCACCAACAAGGGACUCUACAUUGGAAUGUCUCUUUUUGCAGUGAUGUUGCUUGCUCUCCUGGUUGUCAUCAUUACCAAAAAGUGUUUCUACAACAAGGACAAGAUGGCACAACUAAGUAUGGUUUCAUUGAAUGACUCUAAAAUUGGAGCUUUGCAAAAUGCGGCUGAAAGGCGAGUCCCUCCAGAAGACAACAUCUACAUUAUUGAUGACAAUGUUUAUGUCGUGGAUUAA